AUGACUAAUUUGGAAGGAUCACGAACGGCCCUGAAGGGCUGGGUCACCCGCGAAGUCGGGGAUAUGAACAAAGCGGUGAACAGUAAACAGGGAACGGCGGUUCUGAGAAUAAGAAUGGAGGAGUUCGAUAAACGUUUAGCAGCCCUGGAUAUAGUUCAGCUCAAAAUUGAGUCUGAAAUUAGGGAACCCAACGUUCUCGAGGAAGAGAUUGAGGAGGCCAGUAAUUUUCGGAAUAAGGCAUUGGUAUCCAAGAUGGCCGCCGCCGAAGUGUAUGAAAGUUUGAUGACCGAGCAUGAUUAUAGAGCUACUGUUGAUACAAGUUCACAUCACUGCAGUGGACCCAGUAAGAUUUGGGCCAAAUUGCCCAAAAUGGAGACAGCAAAAUUUAGUGGUGUGGUGACUGAAUGGCGGCAGUUUUGGGAUCAAUUUGAAAGUGUGGUACAUGCCAGUGACUUGCCUAUAGUCAACAAGUUUGGUUAUUUGAGAUCUUUACUGAAGGGUGAAGCCCUAGAGGCCAUUGCAGGAAUAAACCUUACCGAAACUAAUUAUGUUAUAGCACGAAAUUGCCUCAUAGAACGAUAUGAUAAACCCGAAAGGGCUAUCUUUUCGCACAUACAAGCGUUACUCAAUAUGACUGUUCCUACAACAUCGUCGAAUAUCUCACUGCUGUGGAAAGCCCGUGAUGAAAUAAACGUUCAUAUACGGUGUCUUGAAAGUUUGGGCGUCGACGGCUCACAGUACGGUGUUAUUCUCACACCAUUGAUUUUAUCUUAG